AUGCCUCCUCUGUCGGCCUAUACUCCUUUUGAAUCCUUACUCUUUUUUCAAUCAUUAGCGACCCAUGAUGUGCGACCGGCGAGCUUUGCAUCCAUUUCCCAUCUCUUGACCAAUAAUAAGCUCGUUCGCGAGAAUGUUGCUUUCAGUGCUGAUCGCCUAAGCCCAGAGGCCUUGGAGGAUCUAUAUGCCACAUUGUUGCGCGAUAGAUUCAAUCGCGAAACAAGUCAAGGUCCCGCUGGAGGCUCAGCCGACAGCUCCAACGCCAGCACCAGCAAUCCGAAAAAGCGCAAGAUCUCAAGUCCAAAGCCAGAUGGGAGCUCCGAUGGGGUGACACAUUCGGUACAGGUGUCGGAGCUUGUGUCGCAUCUAUACGCCCGCUAUAGAGAAUUGGUAACGAAGGAAAUCAAAGAGGACGAAAAUAAGUAUGACCUCAUUCAAGAAGAGAUCAAACGUCUGUCAAAGGAAGAGCAGAAGCCGCAGACACCAAUCGCGCCCGCACCAGCUCCUCCGGCUGUACCAGUGAAGAAGCCCGAGCAGCCAGAACUGGUCAAGGUGGAUGUAAAGCAAGAAAAGCCGCGACGCAAUCAUCCUGGGCCCAUAACGCUUCCCCCGACCCCGGCUACCCUGGUCAAACCAACAGACCAAUCGCCUGCAAAACCCCCAGUCCCUGUACAAGCCCCGAAGGAAACCCAACAGCCGCCUGCUCAACUUCCCGCCAAACCCCCCGCAACAGUGUCACAGUCAAAACCACCACAACCAGCACCAGCACCGCCCAAGACAGACCCGACUGCAGUACAGGCUCCUGUUGCCCCGCCGCUUGCUCCUCGAGCCCAAGUAGCUCCAGCAACACCAACACCCUCGGCAGCCCCGCGACCAGUGCCCGCCCACCCAUCUCAGGUUGCGCCGCGUCCUCCUACAGCCGCAUCUCCAGCCGUGGUGAAAACUCCUGGUCCGCCAAUUGCCUCCGCUCCCAUAUCAACUCCUACCCAGUCAAGCUUCCAGCAAUGGCAGCUUGAACCGCCUCCUAAAUCACCAUAUCCCGCCGCACCAUCCAACACUACAACACCGCAAAUCAGUUCUACUGCCACCAAACAACCUUUACCCCCGCUUCCUCAAGUCCCUUCAGCUCAGCAUAAACCCUCAAUUUCAUCUACCCUUCCUAGUACGCCGGGCCCAUUAUCGUCUGGAGCUCAGACACCCGUUCCAAUCGGCCAUCCGAGACCUUCACAAACACCGAGCGUUGUCAUUUCAGCAUUCUCAGAGAGACGAGGCUCACGUCCUCGUCUCUCAAUAGAUACACCCGGUUCAUCUACACCUUGGAAGCGAACUCCAAGCUUGAUAAUUCCAGAUUCCCCGGUAUCUCCUGCUCGGCCUUUGCCCGAGGAUGUCAGUCCCAUCAGCGAGAGGGCACCAUCACCUGACGCUAUGGAUUUCGAGCUGUCAACUCCCCGAGAGAAGAAAACGACCCGUCGUGGACAAGCAACAACAGAUAAUAAGACCCCAACUAUUAAGACAGAGAAGCCAUCCGGAUCUCGCAGGAAGCGCGCCGAGAGCUCCGCCUCUACACGAAGCCGAGGGAGAUCUGCUGCAUCUCGUGGCACAUCCCCCGCCCAACCUGAUAGCGAUGUUCGCGCCUCCAAGCGUCAAAGGGGUGCGGCAGCAAGUCCUGACGGGGAAACACCGAAAGGCCGUUCAAAGCGCAAGCGAGCUCCCAGUGAAUCAGCAGAACAAGAAUCCGUUGCCCCAGAGGUACCGAAACUCUUUGAUAACCCUCGAUAUGUCAUGUGUGCUCGUGGUUUUCAUCGAACUGCCGCCCCAAUUUUGAACGAUGUGACUACACAUAAGCUUGCCUCCAUAUUUGCCAAACCCCUAGGUGAACGCGAUGCUCCCGGCUAUCACGACCUGAUAUAUCGACCCCAAGAUCUCAAGUCUAUCAAGUCCGCCGUUCACCAAGGUAGCAAGGCCGUAGCCAUCGCGACAGAGGCCGUCAGCACCCCCGCCGGAGAUGGUGAAUCCCCCGCACCCGGCGUUGGAGCUUCAUCCAAGAACAACGCACUCAUGCUGCCCAAGUCGGAAGAACUUCUUCCUCCAAAGGGUAUUGUCAACUCCGCUCAGCUGGAGAAAGAGUUCGUUCGCAUGUUUGCCAACGCUAUCAUGUUUAACCCUGUUCCCGAGCGUGAUUUCGGUCCUCACUUCCCCAUGAUCAGUGAUCGGGGUUCUCGAGAGAGCACCCAGUCCGCUGAUGGUGAUGAAGGUGGCAUCAUCCAGGAUUCAAGGGAAAUGUUCGAAGACGUGGAACAAGCUGUUAAUCGAUGGCGAGCUGCUGAGCGAGCCUCUGAACGGGCUUCAGAUGAAUUGGCCAUUAAGAACAUCCUCUCCCUUCGCCGGGGUAGUGCCAGUGAUUUUAAUGCUGAGAGCACUGACGAUGCUAAAGGAUGA